GUCAAAUCUACAUAUUCUCUCUCUGAAAACUCUCUCUCUGAAAACUCUUUUGUUUCUCUUAAAAUUCUCACAAUCCAAAAUCCCAGACAUCGGUCUGGCUUUGAUCCGGGGAUUAAAUUGAAUCGUCGAUCCUUUUCUACAGUUCCUCAGGAAAAGCCUUCGCCUCUUUCUCUUUUUGCGUUUGGAUUUUGGUGUGAUUGAAUAGUGGUUUGUGUUUGACAACCGGGAAAACAGGUGAAGCGGGAUUCUGUAAAAACGACGGCGGCGACGACGGAUCUGUUGGUGGAGAGUCGGAGUAGCUCUGACUGUCUGGGAAAACUAUGGCACCCCCCUCUCAACACCUACUCGAAUAGGCCUUGCUGGUUUGGCUGUCAUGGGCCAGAAUUUGGCACUCAACAUUGCAGAAAAAGGAUUUCCAAUUUCUGUUUAUAACAGAACUACCUCCAAAGUUGAUGAGACUGUUGAAAGAGCAAAACUAGAAGAUUCACAACAAGAUUAUGAUUCAUCUGUACUGUUGAACGACCAUUUUGAUAGCCCACUUGGUUCUCCAGGCACCAGUGAUGUGUUGGUGGCAUCAAUACGGGAAUUGUUGAAACUUAUUACGGACUCUGGUUGAGUACCUCCUCAGCCUAUUAUAUUUCUUUUUAAUGGUGCUGAGGAACUUUUUAUGCUGGUAAGAUGUUUUAUUGGAUCAAUUCCACAACUGGAACUAUGACUCACCCUUAUAAGUUGUAACUUUAUGCUCAUUGUACAUAUCAUAAUGUCUGAUGGUAAUUAUGAUGAUUUCUCACAUGGUUUUAUGAUGACUCAUAAGUGGCGUGAGACCAUUGACGCUUUUAUAAAUGUGGAAGCAUUUGGGAUAGGCGGACCAGGUAGAACACCAUCAAAUCAAUACCAUUCUCAAUAAUUGUAAAAUAUAAAAGUGUGCACAUAGUUCGUUCCUACUACAUGUGCAUAAUUAAUUCAUUGGCUGUCCUAUAUUUCUCUUCUUUAAAUUGAGUGUUUGUAAUAAGAAUACAGAAACCACUUUCCAUUUCUAAUGCAAUGUCAAUCAUAUUGAUAUUGGAUU